CGAUCUCUGGCUCUCGUUUUCUUUCGCUACGUUCAUCAUUUUUCAGGACAAAAGUUUCGAAAGCCUCUGUUUCGUGGUCUGGAAUAGUGCUGUAAUUACUAGUAUUACCCCGGGGACAUAGCUAAUAGUGUAGGUCAAAAGGAUGGUACUGUUAAGUAACGAUGAAUUCCUGACACAACUCACACUGCUAUCCCAAUCGGCCCGGAGCGAUUCCUCCUUCACAGUGACGAUCAAACGAUAUGACGGUCACGACCGACCACAGCCCCGAGAGGGCAAAGCGCCACUGCCGAAACCCGCCGAGUACCAGUGUCUGAUUAGGGCCCGAUCGCGUUCGAAAAAUCUGUCGACCGUCGUCCGGCACGACGAGGUGGCCAAAUUUAUGGAAUCCUACUCGAAAGUGCUAAAAUCCAGCAUUGAUGGGCUGAAGAAGAUCAAAAAAGUGAAAAACAAGGCCAAGGCGGCACAAGGAUAGGAAUGCUCUGCUGCUGGUUGCUAAUAUUGUUGAAUUGCAUUUGGGCACACAGCUUCUCCGGUCGACGAGGAAGAACGGGAAUUCAUUUUCCUCAACCGUAAGCUUGGAACAUUGUGUAAUUUUCUCUAGCAUAAGUGAAACUAUUUUUUGGAAUACAUUAAAACAGCUGAAAGGUUUA